AAUGCAGUCAAUGCAUGCCAUCCAUUGUCUAACAUAUGAGUCAAUAGUCGGCAUUCAAUGCAUUGAUUGAAUGAUUGAAUGAUUGAAUGAUUGGUCGCAUGUUUUCUGUUGUCAUUUCAGUCAAUGAGUUGUUUGUCUUAAAAGUGUCACUCAAUUGGUAUGACUCGUGUCAACCAAUUAAUGAUCAAAUACUGCCAUUUAAUUGAUUGAUUGAUUUGAUUGACACAUGUAUUGUCCUAUUGUGGGACCAAAAACAAAAUAUGAAGUGGUUUUUGAAGAUCUCGUUAUUUGUCACAAUCGGUGUAUUCUUGAGACUGAGUCUAAUGAUGAGUUCAUACCAGAAGGAGAUCGCAAAUCGAGUCGAGAUAUCAUCUCCGGUCACUUCUUGGCGAAGAGCUGUGGAGGGCGUGACACUUGACUUGAUGUCAUUAUCGCCAUACAGUGGCCAUACAUUUCAUGAAUCACCAAUUUUUCUUCAUUUAUACAAAUAUUUGAUAACAAAUGUUAACCAAUUCAUUGAUAAAGUCUUUGUUUUAGUUGACAUAAUAACUGCUUUAAUAUUAUCACUCGUUUGUUACAAACAAUUGUCAUAUUCAGUGAUUUUAGAAGAACAACGAAUGACUAAAACUGUUAAGAAAGAAGACGUCAAAAGACUUGCUAUCGAUAAGAACCAAAUAACAGAUCUAUCGAUAAGAGUGGCCGUCAUAUAUCUGUUAUCUCCGUAUUCAUUGUUGUCAUGUGUGGGCCAAUCAACCAGUGUUUUCACCAACUUUUUGAUGGCAUCGACACUAUUGACAACAACUCUUCAGAUGCGUCUAAUAUCAAUAGCAUUGUUAGCCCUGUUGUCAUUGCAGUCAUUUUAUCCAAUAAUGAUGAUCGUUGCCAUUGCAAUGAUUAUUGAACACAACCGGUGUCUAAAUAAUAAAUCUAAAGACAAUAAUCCUCAAGAAGUUAAUUAUUGUUCUUCAAACGUCAAGCGAUCGAUAAUAUCGUCUAUUUUAUUAUUUUUCAUCUUUUUUGGUGCAUUUAUUCUGCUGUCGUAUAGAUUAAUGGAAAACAAUUUCCAAUUCAUUGAAUCGACAUUUGGUUUUCUAUGGACAGUACCAGACUUGACGCCAACAAUAGGAAUAUUCUGGUAUUUCUUCACAGAAAUGUUUGAUCAUUUUCGCGACUUCUUUCUGUGGACCUUUCAGAUCAAUGCAUUCAUUUAUGUCAUACCACUAGCAAUAACUUUGAGGAAAAAUCCAUAUUUUUUGAGUUUUAUAUUAUUGAUAUUAUUAUCAUUAUUCAAACCAUACCCAACUGUAUCGGACUUUGCCAUUUAUACGGCACUAUUACCUCAAUGGACUCAUCUAUUUUCACACAUGAAACAGGGACUCAUAAUUACAUGUAUGUUCAUAUCGUGCAGUGUUUUGGCACCAAUAUUAUGGCAUUUAUGGAUUAUUAUGGGAACAGCAAAUUCAAACUUUUAUUUUGGUGUCACUUUAGCUUAUAAUACCGCUCAAAUAUUCCUUAUAACUGAUCUUUUAUUUGCUUUCGUUAAACGAGAAUAUUAUAUAAAAAAUGGGGUUAAAACAGAAACCGACGGCAAAUUGUCGAGACUAGAGCUCGUAUUUUAG